CAGGAUACAAAGUGUCUGUGUGUGCAUUGUUCUAAAACUUUAUUCAAAGUCGAGAAGUCGAGUUGGAGACAGUGCAUCUUGCUCUCACCCAUCCACCACCCAACUCUGGAAUAUAAAUUAAUAUUUGUCUACUUUUUGAACGGUUCCGCCUUUGUCUUCUGACGUUGUCACUUGAUGUGGUCCACUUAGAACUCGGCAUCAUCUUUGCAGUCUUUGCAUAAGUGCAUACAUGCAUGUAUGUACAUAUGUCUGCAGAAGUAUGUGAGUGGGUGUGUUUAUGUGUGCGGUAAAAAGAAAGGUCUUUACAAGCAAAUAGCUGUACUUCCUUUGCCAGGAUAUUUUUCUAUGUAUAUCUGCGAGUGUUUGUAAAUCCCCUGCACUGUAAAAUAUGCAAUUAGAAAAACAUCAAAGCACAGACACCGCUCAAUGCUGAUAGCCCCGGUUUCCGAUACCCUAUAUACUCUUAUCAUAAGCAAAAUCGUCGUCAAAUUGGAAAUUCUUAUGCAAUAUAGAGCGGAAGUCUGUUUGUCUCUUCGACGAGUUGAUAAAAAUGCAUUCAGUGCAAAAUGUACUAACAUAAGUUUUUAGUACUGCUUUAAAACAUUUCUGUCAGCAAGAUAAGAAUAAAACAUAAGAUAAAAAUGCAUGCGUCCGUUUGGAUAUUGUUCCUUUCUCUGUCGCUUUCUCUUGGUAUUGGUGCAGUGCGUCAUCUAAAGGAGAAUCAGAGUUCAAAAAACGCUCAGGAACGCCCUUUACGCUCUGAGCAAAAUAAUCGUCGACGCAGUAAAAGCAAUGUUUCUGUUGAUAAUCAUGGAAUCGCAAAAGUGGGGCGACGACCAGCUCUAGAGGACUACGAUUUCAUAGACGUCAAAUAUAGUAGUGAAGUCAUAGAUAGCUUCGAAACAUCGCUGGAAUCCGUAAAGCGGCAGCAAAGAAAGGAAGGAAUAACUACAGCGACAACAGAGCAUGAUAUUUUUACAUGUUGCAAUCAAGUCUUUGGCUCAUGUCGCACAGCAUGCGAAAAUAUAUCGCUGGACGAGAUUACUCACAAUAGCGAAGUUGCACGACUAGAGUUACGCAAAUAUUGUGAAGCGCACCAUGAAUUUUGGACUUGUGUCAAUAGCACCCUUGAUGCUGUUUUGCACGGCUCGGAUUGGUCGGGUCGUCGGUGCUGUCAAUUUGGUGUAUUGCUCCAUUGCCGUAAUGCCUGUGCCUCUUCAAGUAGUGCACCUGUUAAAUCGUGUAGGCGGAGCGACGAACAAGUAUUAUACGAUUGUUUUGAACGUCAAGAAGCAGCCGAUCUGUGCUGCAGUCAGGCAAGAACUUCGCAAUGUUUGCAGGCCUGUCAUGGUGUAUUCGAACCGUCAAGUAGCAGCCAAGAGCGAGUCGACAUUGAUUCCGCUUGUGGAGCUCGUAAUACCGAUGUUGUUCAGUGCAUACACAACCACACUGACAUGACUCCUCUGGUGAAUGCCGAGCAGUAUCUUCCAUGUUGCGAGUUUAGUAGCAAGGAACACUGUCGACAUAUAUGCCGCAAUUUACUCCAGCAAAAUAGCACAAGUUUGGAACGUAGUGAGGUUAUUUUCAGCCAUUUAGAGGCAGCCGGAUGUGGCACUCCCUUGCCUCAUCUACCAUUUUGGCAGUGCUUUUUGACGAUCAACAGGAAGCUAGUUGUCCCUACCAGAGGUCAAACUCAACGAAAUGAAGGGUCUAAUGUGUAUGGCGAGCCCAAUGAGUUAGGCAUGGAUGCAGCGAAGCGUCAAUGCUGCGAACAAGCUAGUAGUCACAAGUGUAGACGGUUGUGCAUGCAGAUCUUUACCAAUAAUUGGUGGGACUCAAGAGCUAGCUUCGAAAUUGAAUGUCUUGAGCAACCGGGAGAGAGAGAGCUACGUCGUUGCAUUGAAAAUGUCGAUAACCCCUGCGAAUUAGGUUGCGACGGUUUAAGCUUUUGUACAAAUUUUAACAAUCGACCCACAGAACUAUUUCGGAGUUGUUCCGCCAGUUAUGAUGCAGCAGCCAGGGAAGAUUUGCAGUUGCUUCAACAGCGUGGGUAUGUAAAAGUUCUAGGGCAGGAGUUGUUCAUUAAAAACACCACGCUAUGCGCUCCCGAGAAAUGGAAGGCUUUGGUGUGUGCUCUUCAGAUACAACCUUGUACCCGGGAGGGACACUUCAAUGGUAUCUGCAGUGAGGAUUGUAGUGAAAUUCUCGAAGAGUGUCUAGAUUGGACACGCCAGCAACAAAAACCCCAAGCUAUAUGCUCAAGGCUACAACCUUCUUUAUCCGAAGACGAGACUCCUUUGCCCUGCAUUUCACUAAAAGCAUACUUGCAGAACGAUGACAUUUCAUUGACGACGAGUGGACAUCCUGGUUUGACGUCUCCCUGCCUAAGAAAACCAUGCAAUUCGAGUGAGGUGUGCGUACUCGAACGCUCUGGAGCUCAAGGUUACGCCUGUAUACCGGGCUGUAGCAUGGGACAGGCUUCGAAUUUCCUAGUACCUUUUGGUUCAUAUGUUCGCUUGGGUAAAACAAGCUCUGCCAAAAUUGAAGUGGGACAAUUUGUCACAGCCGAACAUGUGGUUUGUCGGUGUGGCCUACAGGGACAACUGGAGCAAUGUCAGCCAUUGCCCAGCUACACUCACUCGCAUUGCGUCCUACCAGGUGGUCGUAGCUUUCGCCACGGCUCAUCGUUCUAUCUCGAGUGUAACCUUUGCAGCUGUUUUGCUGGCGAGAUAACAUGCACAAAACAACAGUGCCGCCUGCCUGGAUUCACUGAAGUGGGUUACACAAGUCUACCUUGCAACUGUGCUACCCAUUAUGUUGCGGUCUGCGGUUCGAAUGGAAAUACCUAUCCCUCGGCAUGUGUGGCCAAGUGUCUGGGCCUUCAAGAAUCUAUGUACAUUUAUGGAGCAUGUAAUUCUCGGAAUGCCUGUCAUGCGGCUGGCACUAAUGCGUGUGGCCCCAGUGAGAGGUGUCUAGAGAAGCGUCAAGUAUGCCUCUCUAAUAUGCAAAAACCAUGCCUUCAGUAUAUCUGUGUAAAUGCCACAGCGUCUAAUUGCUACUCUCAGAACACAGAACAACUGUGUGAUGUUUUGGGCAAUACGCACUCAAAUGCUUGUGAAUUUGUGCAGGCACAGCCCAAUGAUCAAGUGGCCUAUUGGGGAGCUUGCCAACUUGAUAAGGAUCCCUCAAGCAGUUUCUCUUCCGUUUGCGGCAUUAAUGGCGUGACUUAUCGCAGCGCAGCCGCUGCUCGCACAGAUUAUGUGCUGGUAGACUAUACAGGGCGAUGCCGCGAAGUAGGCCUAUUGGUCUCCGAUAUGGGCAGACGUUGUCGUACUGUAAAAUGCCCCUCUUCAGAUUUUAAGUACUGUCAUCUGAUAGUUCCACCUGGAGCUUGUUGCCCACUUUGUGCAGGAGGAGCCUUAAGGAUUAUCUAUUCCAAGAAGCAACUGGACAGGGCCACUUACGCCCUAAAGGGGAAAAAAAGUUCUUUGCUUACAUUACGCGGUGUACUACAACAGCUAGAUAGCUUAAUUCAAAUCAACGAGUGCCAAUUGACUGGUUUUUUGACCAUGGAGGUUGGAAUUUUUGUUGCUUUGGUGCCGAAGACCCGAGGAAGUCCCACACGCCUGCAGUUGGAGGCUUGUGGUCGAGAGGCGGAAAAAAUAUCGGCUUUAAUCAAUGCUCAAUCCCCUAGCAUCACCACCAAUUUGGUGUUGUCCAGCUUGACCGUGUCGCAUCUGCUGCAGCCUUUAUCAAGUGGCGGAUGGGUACAAGGGCCACUUAUUUGGUUAAAAAUAACUACCAUGUUUCUCGGUUUAAAAAUAAUAUAAUUUUAGAAUUAGGUUCAUUUUUUGUUUUGUAUAUUUGGAAAACAAUCAAGUGGAUUCUUGGUGCCAAUUUUUAUGUUCUGUAAGAUGUCCAGUUGUGCCUUCGAUGAUAGUUAGGAAUUGAUACCCUGUAUUAUGUGAUAUUAGCUAAAUUAUUUAAUUAGGUUUAGAUGUAAAUCUUGGAAGUAGUAUUAUCGAACGACACAUAAAAAUGAAGAACUAAUUAAACAUUUAAUAGGAAGUAUACCUGACAGUAAUUUUGGCAAACCAAAGUUCAUCCACCAUUUUAAACCCGCAACUGUUAAUUUUAAUUAUUCCUGAGCGCUUUUAACGCUAAGAUAAAAUAUUAUUUGCAUGUAUAUUCGCAUGUCCGUGAAAGAAAAGAGUAUAAAAAGAGCAAAGUUCAUAUGUAGAAAUAAUUGUAAGCGAAGUUUAGUUUUUAUAUAUCAUGCCCUUAUUUUGCUAAAACAUUGACCUAAAUUCUAAAUUCUUUGUUUAAAUUGGUUAUUUGCAUCUAAUAGAUAUCUCUUCAUUAUUUUGGCUUAAUUACUAAUUCAAUGAUUAUAAUUGUAUAUGUAACAAAACUGCAAUUUUAAAAAAGUUCGGUUGAAUGCCUUAAAAAAAUCCUUUAAAAAGGAAAUCCCAAAUUUUGGAAAAUUAUAAAUCUAAUAAUAAAGUCGCGUAAGUAACCGUGUGAGUAGCUUUCAUCUGAAACGAUAAAAAUCGAAAGCUCUCAAAAUAUUACAAAAAAGUAUGAGGGGUAAAUUGUAGUGUAAAAUUUUAUUUUGCUUCCGAAAGUCGUGUAAGCUACAGCCGAAAUGUCUAGAUGUACACUUCUACUCAUAUAAUAAUUAUCUUGUAUGAAAAUGUUUUGAAUAGUUUAUAUUAAACAGCUGCCGCUCACAUUUCGAUCAUGAAUAAUUGUUGCCGUUAAUACAAAUUAACAAAAAUUGUAAACGUACAAAAAUAAGUUUAGCGAAAAAUUGGUCAAUGAAUUGUCCAAUAAUAGUUUAGGUGAGUUAGCCACCAAAAAACGGAAUAAAGUUAAGUUUUGUUGCAUAACUUAGUUUGUGCUAGAAGAUUUCUCAGGCCUUGUAAACACCACGGCGAAUUUGAGAAAUAAAUUACAUGAAGGUGACAAAUUUAUAUGAGUAGGACUUUUGACAGUCAGCUUUGCAUAUUCAGGUUUUUUGUUUUGAAAGUAAAAUGUUUUGUUAGUAUUGUAUUUAUGGCAACGGGAUGCUUACAUACCCGCACGUUAAAAAAAUAUUAACGGCAACAUGAAGUGUUCUCACUAUUUACAAAACUGUUUCAUUUCGUAUAAGUGUCUUAAUCAUCUUAUUGUUAGUUAUAAUCUAUAUAUAUUAGUUUAAUAUAAGCAAGGUUUAAGAACUUCUUAAAUUUGCGUCUCAUCUGUUUUUUUUUUCAAUUAUAUUAUUAUUUUAUAUAUUAUUAUUAUUUAAAUCCUAGAGAAAUGAUAAUUAACAGAAAGUACUAAUAGCGAAAUUUUUACCAGGUCGAGUUUCGGAUGGAAUUUAUAUUUAAACAUAAUUUUUUGACUAAUGUUUCCCGGUUCACUAAAUUUUAGGAUCCAAAUAGUUGGUUUAUUAUGUAUAUAAAUAAAUCCAAGUGAAUAAUUAGUUUCGUUCUACGACAAUUAUAUAUUUAAAUAGUCAUCGGAGAGCUUUCUCUCAUUAAGGCAUGUUUCUCGACCAAAGGAAAGUAUAGUUUUAGAAUUAACGAUUAGGCCUAAGCAUAAUACUUACUUCAAAUUCUAAUAAAGAGUAAUACAAACACAAAAUAAUAUUAAAGCAAAUCCUCUUUGCAAUUUAUUUAAGCCCUCCAUGGAAAAGAAAAUGUGACAUGAAAGAGAUAAUCUAUACUCUAAGUUUCCAUGGGCACUACUGCAUGGACACGCUCGGUGAUCUGAAAGUCCUUUAUGGUGGUGUGCAAAACAGAAGUUGUGCCAUGCUUGAAGCGAUAGUCCAAUUUUCGUUCACCUUUCUUAUUGGCAAGCUCAAAGUUGCGCAAGUACUCCACGCUAUUUUCGCGAAUUACGCAAAGGUCAACGUUGGAGCCAGACCCCAAAUCGUUGAAAAUGCCGGAAGCAAUUGCAUCUCGUACCAGUAGCUUACCAUCUUCCUCUGACAUAUUGGGUUUCCAACGACUUUCAAAUACAGACAUGGCGGCCAAACUGCCGGAGCCCAUGGUAGCAUAAGGUAACUUGUCUGAGCUACCAUGCGGAUGAAUGGAAUAUAGAUGUGGUCCUGUCUUAUCUACACCUCCUAACACCAGAGCCGCGCUAAUAUGACCUUGGUAGCGGAAAAGCAUCUGCUUCAGCAUCAUAUUGGCGGCCACCACACGGACCUGGCGAUUUGUGUUCAAGCGGUGCAACUCCAACUGAGAUGAAA